UCCCAGCUCCGACCAACUUCCUGCGAACGUCACGAAACACCUGGUAAUCGUCCUUUCCCUUUCUUUCGCUCAAUCUUCAACCUUUCUUCAACUGUCAUAUUCAGGGUACUUCUUUCUGGUAAUUCCAAUGGACUCUACCCGCUCUAUAUCCAACUCAGAUUAAUCUCCAAUGACCUCGAAACCCUCCGCCACCCGCCUCCCUUCUACCUCCUCUCCCACCACACCCCAAACGCAAAGACCUCGCCCCAAAAAGCUCUUAAACCCAGACCACGAGGCUGAGGGCGGCGUCAUGCUUCCUCCAACCUCCACACCCUCUUCAUCCAAACUCCCAACCACCAAGCCAAUAGACCCCAAAUCAACAGACGCCACAGGCCCAAAUCGGCGCCGUAAACCUCGUAAACUUAACAAAGACCCCCUCCCAACCGAUACUACCACCGCCGCACCAAAAGCAGAAGAAGCAGCCGUCGGCAACGAGCUCGAAGCGCUGAAAUCCCGCGUGAGGGGCUUAGAAGCGAAGGUCGAGGAACUCUACACCACCGGCAAGACAGGAAACCCGAAAAGUCCACGCCGGCGUGGCAAAGGACGAAAAGGUUCUACCCCGGCGCUCCCCUCCACCGGUAUCGACAAAGAAGCAGACGCAGAAGCAGACGCUGGCAUCGACGCACCCGAAACCGCAGAACUCGAACGCCUCGAGUCCGAACUCGCCCUCGCCCGCCUCGACCUCGCGACCCUCUCCACCACGUCCCGAGCACCACGGCCCCGCCCUUCCGCGUCGCGGGUGCAGAGCCAGGAUGAGGAUGUCGAGGAUAUCCCGAGGGGGAGCAUACCAAGCGCGUCCGACCCCCGCCCUAGAACCACACGUAACGCUAGUUCCGCGAACGAUCGGAGCGUUACGCUGACGGGAUCGUAUCGCAUCCCUCUCCCCCCCUCCGUCAGCAUCGACGACGUACGCACGAUUCAGAGCGGGAUCGGGGCCGCGCAGAAUGUGGCGCGCUCGUUCCUGGACUCGAGAAGGGAGAAUGCGGCGAAGACUGGCCCGACUCAGUCUACUGCGAGGACUGCCCCGCCGGGGAGGAAGAGUGGACCGGAUGCUGGCGGCGGUGGAGAGGCAGGGGAGGGAGGGCAGAGCUGGGGCGAGUGGUUCGGCGCGUAUAGCAUGUCCAUCUCGCGCGCGGUGAAGAAGAUUGAGGCCGAGGCCGGGGUGGAGGUAGGGGCUGCGCAGCCGAGGAUAGGAGCGGCGAGACCGAGUGCGGGAGCGAGGAGGGCGAGUGCGCCGGGGGUGGGGAUGGCGGCUGCGAAGAAGGGGUCUACGGCUGGAGGGAGCGGUGCUGGUGCCAAAGCGACAGGGGGAGGGAAUGCGGCAAAAGGAGCGGCGAGCAACAACAGACCGCCCCUGAAGCCCAGAGCCUCGAAUUCGAAUUCGAGGAUGAGUGCGGAGCAGGUUAAGAUGCUGAUGUCGUAGUGUGUCCCGUAGAAAAAUGGGUUGGAUAUAAGAUAGAUGAUCUGAGUAAAAUGUACGAGUACUGACGACUGAAUGAAAACAGAUUUAUCAGCAAAUGAAGAAUUUCUC